GCACAUGGAAGAGGUUCAUAAAGUUGUCGUCCCGAGGGAAUUCAAAACAUUCAAGAGUCUGGCCAUGUUUUACCAGUGGCUUACCCUGGAGGAGAAGAAGUACAAUGUCCGAUACAUUCGGGACACCACUCGCAUUGAGAAGAAUGAUGUGAAACUUAUACAAAUGGUGUGCCAAAAGAUUCCAUACUGCAAAGAUUGAUCAGUCAAGAGAAAAAAAGGAAGGUGAGGUGGAGGGAGAAUCUCCAAGCAAACUGAAAAGACGAUGGUUUGUCCGCAUACAAAGAUCCAGCAACUGUCAUGCUCGUAUCCACUUGAAAGUGCAUUACAAUCCAGUCACUCAGGACUACGAUGCUGAGACACAGAUGGUGUACUACCCUCAGCACACUCACAAUGAAGUGGACCAUCCACAAGAUAUCAUGAACAGAAUUAUGGAGAGACACUCUAGAGAUAAAUCCAAUUACCUCUCCAGAAAUGGCAACAGAAAGCGCCUCAAACAGAUAGUGCAGACUUCUACAUCCAGUGAAGCACUAGGCAAAAGUCAGAAACCUCAGCAGUGGGUGAGGGAGAUGAGAGGCAUCAGAGAGAAGAGGAGGCAGAAGGACAGCCAGUGAUGAUACCAGGAUCAUUGAAAUUGGAAGAAGGAGGUACACUUACUGUUGAUCAGUACAUGAAGGAGUUUUGUCAGACACAGUUAGAAGGGGAAGUAGAGGGAUCAACAGGGAUGGCAGUCUCUGCAGCAAGCAGUGCCUCAGGAACAUCAUCCACAUCUAUGCAAGCUGGAAGACAGCAAGGCACUACUACUUCUGUCCUCAUGGAAGGCCAUGACACGAGUCUAGGAACUCCAUCAAUGUUUGUAGAUGGCACAAAUGAGGGAGGGUCAGCAGUGUUGGUGGAGAGUGGUGAGCCAGGAACUUAUGUAGUGCAGGAUGGAAUGAUGAUGAAUGUUUCUCAGGGGGAGUCACCUCAGAAGGAAGAUGGCACAGAGGAAUAUGUCCUGCCAGCUGAUGAAGCAGAAUGGACCAAGCUGUUUGAGGUUUUAAGACUCAGACUCAUGACAGCUGAGCUGAGCAGUCAGGAGAAAGUUGAGGGGGAGGGUCUCCUGACUUAUCAAAAUGUAAUAUCAUAUUUACCAUUGUCAGAACAGGUCACAAUAUUCCAACAACUUUGCUUACUAACUAACACUGCUAUUGAAACUGCAGAUUAGAUUAAACUUCCAUUUUGUUAACUUGGUUGCCAGUAUGUAUUUAUAAAUAGAAACAUAACC